GCACACACUUCACUCAUCCCCCUUGCAACUUGUGUGUGUUUCUUGGAUCCAACAUGUCGGGCCGCGGUGGGAAACAAGCGAAGAGGGCGAAAGCAAAAUCUAGGUCAGCCAAGGCAGGCCUACAGUUUCCUGUGAGCCGAGUUCACCGUUACUUGCGCCAGACGACUCAUCAUUUCCGCAUCGCGUCGGGUGCGCCAGUUUACCAAGCAGCUGUAAUGGAAUACUUGACUGCUGAGAUCUUAGAACUCGCAGGAAACGCGGCGCGUGAUAAUAAGAAAACUAGAAUAAUUCCGCGGCAUAUUUUGCUGGCCGUGGCCAACGAUGAAGAACUGCAUCAGUUGUUGAAAGGCGUGACAAUUGCAUCUGGAGGAGUCCUCCCUAAUAUUCACCCGGAACUUUUGAAGAAAAGAAAAGGUGGGAAACUAGUACCACCAGAUGAAAUAAAACCAAAGCAUCCAAAGACAAUAUCAGCACCCAAACCAUCCACAUCAGGGAAGAAAAUGGCAAGUCCAGCAAAGAAAGCACCCUCGCCUGCCAAGAAAGCACCUAUUUCUCCUGCUAAAGGGAAAAAGAAAGGGCCUGCUCCAAGAAAAGGAGCUGACAAAUCUUCUUUAGGUGCAGGAGUUACUGUUCUUUCAGAGAAAACUCUUUUCUUGGGCCAAAAGUUAACAGUGAUUCAGUGUGAUAUUGCAAUAGUGGAGGCAGAUGCUUUAGUACACCCAACUAAUGCAUCAUUUUAUCUCGGUGGUGAAGUAGGUUCAGCUCUUGAGAAAGCUGGUGGAAGUGAGUUUAAGGAGGAGGUCAAAAAACUCUCUGAAUCUCAUGGACCAUUAGAACUAGCAACAGCGGCUAUCUGCGAUGGACAUAACUUUCCAGCGCAGUAUGUGAUCCAUGUUCAUAGCCCACCUUGGGAAAAUGAUUCUUCUGUUGAAAAUCUCGAGAAAGCUGUCAAAAGUGUGUUGACAUUGGCUGAUGAGAAGAACAUCAAAUCUAUUGCUAUCCCCUCUAUUGGCAGUGGAUCCAGCAACAACUUCCCCAAAGGCACAGCUGCACAGGCCAUCCUGAAAGCCAUCUCCAACUAUUUUGUGUCCGUCAUGGCGUCAUCCCUGAAACAGAUCUAUUUUGUUUUAGAUGACAUGGAAUCCAUUGGAAUUUACACCAUGGAACUUGCGCGUCUUGACUCCUAGGAAUUGCUUACACAUUUUGUCACAUCUUUUUAGAAUAUUCCAUUGUAAGAAAUGAUCAGGUGCAAUUUGUGUCAUCAUCAUCUUGUCUGCCUGUCAUGUACUGAAUUUAGCUGUAUUUUUUUUUAUAUCUAUACUUUCCUCUCCUUAAAAUCUGAGUGUUGAUUCUUCUUAUUAGCUUCCAUACAUUUCAUUGUGUCAGUUUUGAAAAGUGAAGGUUACAUCAAGAUGAAACCAUGACAUUCAUCUUUGCCAGUAUUGUCAUUACGUGUCCUUCUUAAUAGUGUUGUAAUGGAAAUUUGCACUCUGAACACUUCCGUUUUACUGAUUGUUAGUAAAGCAGCAUCCGAAAGUAUCUGUUCCAUAGACCUUAGUAAAAGGAUGGAUGCCAAGGAAAAUUGCCUCCAUGUGCUGAGGGUGAGUUAUUCCCCAAACCAGAGCAAUAUUUAUUGUAUGGAAACUGUAAAGGAGAAUUAACGUUUGAUGAAGUAAUCGCCGUGGGGUUUCAUAUGCAAUUUUAAACAAGCACAUUUAACUUGCUCAAGGAGUCAAAAUGGUUUACUGGUGACAUAAAUAGCAUAGGUUAAGGCUCCAAUGAAUCACAUGUGGCCUUCCUCUGCCUUUGCAGAUCAUUUAGUACUAUGUUUCAGUUGGGGGGGGGGGGGGAUUUGACAAGGUCCCUAUGAUUUCAGGACGCACUUUAUCCUCAAUAAGUAAACAUAUUUGUCUAGGAUUACUUAUAUACUCAUCUUCUUGAUCUCUUUAAGGACGGGGUGGGUAGUGGAUCUCCACCCACUCCUCCCCCUGUUGUUAGUUUGUUACUGAGUUACAAAGUCUGACAUGGAGAAAAUUAUGCAUGAGUUCAAGUUCUUUGUUAAGGUAGUUCCCUUUUGCGGGGAUGUUCCGAUAUUUCUUGCUCUUAAUCAUUCCUCCCCAAUAUGUUGUGCUGUGAUGAACAUGUCAACUCUGAAGCAACCAUGAUCUGAUUAGUAGUACUGCUUUCCAGUUUCCUUACAUUUCCCCAUAAGUUGGUGAGGAGUAAACGGUGUUAUAUAUCACCCUAGCAUUUCCUGCUGAUAAAGUUCUCGUUUCUUAUCACCUGUAUGGUGCAUAAUUUGUCAAAAUUGUAAAGAGAAGUUACGAGUUAAUCUUAUGUGGGAGUUAAAGAGUUAACAAAAGAGGGACAAAGAAAUUGGAGGGGAGACGAAUGAGUAAGAUCAAGUUAACCCUUUACCCCUUAACAUCAGUAUGCAUAUUCUCCAUACUGUUCUUUAUACAUUUCCAAAGAGGCUGACAAGGAGAAUUUGUGUAACAGUCAAGAGCUGUUUUAGUUGGUGAUUAUCUCCUCUGUUCUCAUAACUUUAUAUUUGAUUCAGAAGUAAUAUACUGGUAGUAAGGAGAAAUAAGAUGCUCGUCACUCUUAGGGGCGAAAGCGUUAAGUAAAGACAAGAACAUUUUGAAGCAACCCUCCCCUUAGAUUCUGUUAGAAGUCAAGAGACCCUGUGACUUUGGCGGGGAGGGUUUGGCCGCUUCGAAGUCUGUUGUUCCUUUCUGUGAAAUAUGUGUUGGAAAAAAAGUUAAUUGAAACGUUAGUGAAAAACUAGACACCUUUUGAAGUAGAUGAGAUGGUUGUUACCAGUAAACCCUUCUGCUGAAGGCAGGAAUGAUGGGGUAUUUGUAACUUUAUUUUUAUGAAAUGUUUUUUCAUGUGUUAUAGCAGUGUAUUCACUGGAAAUUCUAUUCAAAGUUCCUUGGAACUGACUUUUUGUUUCAAGUUGUUUGAAACUCACGUUUGCAUGUGAAGCAACAUUUGGAGAUAUUUUAAAUCGUGUAUUUUAUUUUCACUUCUUUGUCAAAAGAAACGUAACAUAGCGGUUCUUUGUUCUAAACAAGCGAUUUGUGAGUGGUUUACAAUCAAGAAGUAAAAUCUCUCUGUUGGCGUGAAA